CUAGUGCAGCCGCUCUCCAAGCUAACUCAGCAUUGCACUACAGACAACGUGCUGGCCGGAGAUACUCCGAUCCACUAUCCACUAUCUCUCACCGUCAGUCUAGGACGCUUCCCUAAUACUGCCGUUACGAUUUUGACACUCACCCGUAAGUAUCAGCCUCCACUGACACUUUAUCCUCCAAACUUUAGCCGAAAUGCCAAUUCAACUUUCCAAUCUAAACCACGACCAAGACUGGCCCGAGCUAGGUUGCCUAUUAUUCAAGUCUUCCGCCAACGUCUAUCACUCCUUCUUCAACAGCCUUCAUCCUAUUCCGAACACUACAUCCAAAAAUCGAGAAGAAUAUAUCCGAAUAUCCAUUGCGCAGGUCAAAAGCGAAUGCAUCAGCGAUCCAACAUCUCACACUCUGAAAGCAGUCAAUAUCGAAACGGGGAAGAUUGUCGGUGGUGCGCUAUUGAACAUAUACAUUAAAAAUAAGCCUACUAAUACGGACGACCAAAAAUUCCAAAGUGUUGGGUCAUAUGCGUGCGAGGGCGAGGGCGAAUAUGUAAUUUUACCAAGGACAAUCAAGCAAUCCCAAAUCUCGAGGGCAGGGUUAACGGAUCAACCACACAUCUUUCUCUAUGCCAUAGCCACUGAUCUAGAGCAUCAAUAUGAUGGAGAUGAGGCUGCUCAACUCCUGUUGAACUGGGGGAUCGAAAGAGCGAGCUCGCUAGGGAUUGAGCUUUGGGCAUACACGACUUCGCCAAAUGUCGAGCUAUAUAAAGCUCAUGGCUUUGAGCUCACCAACGAAAUGAUUGCUGACCCAGGAGUGGCCGACGUUAGGCAACAAUGCGAAACCGAGGGAAGGUACAGGCAAUUCACAUUUUGGAGCUGGCGGAGACCGGCGGUUCGAAACAGGGAGAUGCAAAAACAGUUUUAUCUUGAUACUGAAGGUUUCUGGUGAGAACUGGCGCAAGGAGUGGCUCCGAUUGGCGAAGGAUUUGCAGUGGUGUUUAGGCGACUAGGCUCUACGCAUCACUGGGGCAAGACUGGAUUGAUAGUCUUGGAAGAAGCAAAAUGGAAUUUGAGGACGAACGGCAAAAGGUGCUAGGGCGAGAAGAAAGGCCUUGUACGACCAAUUGAUUGAAUUCUCUUAAUGAGUGACUGAGGUGAAUGACCUAUUCCUAACCCAGCGUUUACUUCCAUCACCUCCCUCACCACGAUCAAUAACAAUCUAUUACCGUAUU